UGGAGGAAGAACCAAGCGCAGACUGGUUCCAGGAAAUGUUUGAACUCCUAAGGACAUGGUUCAGUUCAGGGAAGGAGUGGGAGAGAGAAAGGGCCUUGCAGGCCAGCACCCAGCUGCUGACUGCCUAUCAAGAGACAGUUCAUAGUACAACUCAGGAAACUUUUAAUCAGUUUGGAUCUCUGAUUGGAGCAAUAGCACCAUACAGCUGUGAUUCACUGGCCAUGUCUCAUCAGUGGGUGGUUGACUGUAUCAGCUGCCUUCUCUGUAUACAAGGCCAGCCCAUGAACCUGGGGUCAGCGGAGGAGGAGCUGAGAUGUCUCCGCAACAUGUGCCAUCUUUGA